UAAUCAAUAUAUUCAGUAAUAGUGACAGCUAAUUGACUGAUAAAGAUUUGGCAUUCAAAGCAUGUGAUGAGCUUAUAAAACACGAUCAAUUAACUACCAAGCAGUGUAUUUUAAAUUAUAUUAGUUAGAACUGCAGCUACAACAGUAAAAUGCUGCCUAAACAUCAAUGCAUCACUAACAACAAUCCAAUAAUGUGAUAUACAAUAAUAUCAUACUCUUAAUAUGCAGUAUCAUGGGGGCUUGAAUGCAGGAUUUGUAACUCAUGUUCAUGUUUACAUUGUAGUUGCUGCUCUUCCACCUCCAGACUAAUCGGAUUAAGAGAGUAUCCUCUAACAAAACACAAUAUUUUCUUUGGUUUUGAUUGUCCUCAUAGCAUCAUAUAAACAAAGAAUGAUCUAAUGUUAUUGUGUGUGCGCACUGGCACGAUUUAUUAAUUUAUUCUCUAUUCAAAGUAAUACUAAAGUCUCUCAUUGUUGUUCCUCAUAAUCCCCUAAACAAUUAAGUAGGUGUUGCAUGUUCAGUUAUGUCUACAGACACAGUAUCUGUUAUUGUAUCUCGCUGUAAAGCUCAUUAACAGACCAACUCUACACUGACAGUCGUGUUAUCCAAUGGUUGUUUGGAAUCCACCGGUUGUCCAAUGAUAACCCGGGCUGAGGUGAUGCUGUGUGUCUAUUGGUGAACAGUGUGUCGUAUCGGUGAGUCUGCCUCCUCGGUGCUGAUGCCUUUUCCUUUGGUCAAGGUUGCACUUGCAGUCAUCGCAGUAAGGACGCGACUGGAGUAGCGUUUACGCACAAACAGCGCAAGACUGAUCAGCCGAGGCUCUGCUGCUGCAACUUCUCCUGUUUGUGUUUGCGCGCCACAGAGGAAUCUCUCACCUCACGGAAGCUGCCAUGGAUGAAAUGGAGGAAGAGUUAAAAUGCCCUGUUUGCGGCUCUUUUUACCGGGAGCCCAUCAUAUUGCCAUGCUCCCACAACAUUUGCUUGGCUUGUGCUCGGAAUAUUCUUGUGCAAACCCCCGACGCGGAAUCUCCACAGAGCAGCCGAGCCUCCGGAUCCGGCGUCUCCGAUUAUGAUUAUCUUGAUUUGGAUAAAAUGAGUUUGUACAGCGAGGCGGACAGUGGCUACGGAUCUUAUGGGGGCUUCGUCAGCGCUCCGACCACCCCUUGCCAAAAAUCACCAAACGGGGUGCGGGUUUUCCCCCCGACUGUCCCCCAGCCUCCUCCGCAACAGCAUCUUCUACCACAGCCCGGCUCCUUACCUCCGAUCCCCCGCAACUCCUGCAUCACUUGUCCGCAGUGUCACCGCAGCCUCAUCUUGGACGACCGGGGGCUCCGCGGAUUCCCCAAGAACCGGGUGCUGGAGGGUGUUGUGGACAGGUAUCAGCAGAGCAAAGCGGCCGCUCUCAAAUGCCAGCUCUGCGAGAAGAGUCCGAAGGAGGCCACUGUGAUGUGCGAGCAGUGCGACGUCUUCUACUGCGACCCGUGCCGCCUGCGGUGCCAUCCUCCCCGCGGUCCCCUAGCCAAGCAUCGCCUGGUGCCCCCGGCGCAGGGGCGGAUAAGUCGCCGCACGAGUCCGCGUAAAAUCUCCACAUGUACAGAGCACGAACUGGAGAAUCUAAGCAUGUACUGUGUACAGUGUAAGAUGCCAGUGUGUUAUCAGUGUUUGGAAGAAGGCAAACACGGCACACAUGAAGUCAAAGCUCUGGGCGCAAUGUGGAAACUGCACAAGGGGCAGCUGUCUCAGGCUCUCAAUGGCCUGUCAGACCGAGCCACUGAGGCCAAGGAGUUCCUGGUCCAGCUGAGAAACACGGUGCAGCACAUCCAGGAGAACGGAGUGGAGUUUGAGGCCUGUUUGGUGGCUCAGUGCGACGCCCUCAUCGACGCUCUGAACCGACGCAAAGCUCAGCUGCUGUCUCGGGUAAACAAAGAGCACGAACACAAGCUGAAGGUUGUUCGGGAUCAGAUCUCCCACUGUACGGUGAAGCUGCGUCAGACCACGGGCCUGAUGGAGUACUGUCUGGAGGUCAUCAAGGAGAACGACCCCAGUGGUUUCCUCCAGAUCUCUGACGCUUUGAUCCGGAGGGUUCACAUGACAGAGAGCCAGUGGGGGAAGGGAACCCUCACCCCGAGGAUGACCAGCGACUUUGACCUCACUCUGGACAGCGGACCCCUCCUGCAGACCAUCCACCAGCUGGACUUUGUCCAGAUGAAAGUCCCAGCUGCUCCCAUGCUCCAACUGGAGGAAUGCUGCACUCAGAACAACAGCGCCACGUUGUCAUGGAAACAACCGCCGCUCUCCACCAUCGCCGUGGAAGGGUACAUCCUGGAGCUUGACGAUGGGAACGGGGGGCCGUUCAGGGAAGUGUACGUGGGGAUAGAGACCAUCUGCACGGUGGACGGGCUCCACUUCAACAGUACGUACAAGUCCAGAGUGAAGGCCUUCAAUGCCAGCGGAGUGGGACAGUACAGCAAGACGCUUAUCAUGCAGACCUCUGAGAUCGCUUGGUUCACGUUUGACACCGCCUCCGCCCACCCGGACAUCAUCUUCUCCAACGACAACCUGACGGUGUCGUGCAACAGCUAUGACGACAGAGUGGUGAUGGGCAACUCCGCUUUCUCCCGUGGCGUGCACUACUGGGAGAUGACCGUCGAUCGCUAUGACAACCACCCGGACCCGGCCUUUGGGAUCGCACGGGGUGACGUCCUGAAGGAUGUGAUGCUGGGGAAGGACGACAAGGCCUGGGCCAUGUACGUGGACAACAAUCGCUCUUGGUUCAUGCACAACAACUCACACACCAACAGGACGGACGGUGGCAUCAGUAAAGGAUCUACAAUAGGAGUGCUGCUUGACUUCACACGCAGGAUCAUCAUCUUCCUCAUCAACGAUGAGCAGCAGGGUCCGGUGGCAUUUGAGGGCUUGGAGGGCGUCUAUUACCCUGCUAUCAGCCUCAACCGAAAUGUCCAGGUCACCCUCCACACUGGUCUACCCAUCCCUGACUUCUACACCCCCGGGGAGGCAGAUCCGACCGGCUCCGUGUGCUAAAAGACUCACCACCAGUUUGGGAAAACCUCUCCAGGAUUCCCCAGGGCUCAUCCUACCAGUCCCACUCUCACCCCCCUCACCUCGUCAACUCCCCUCCUCUCGUCCCCUUGACCGACUGACCCCAUGACUCUCUGCAAGAGGCCCAUCCAGCGCUGAGCCAUGCCUUUAUCAUGCCUAAACCUUGGACUCAUGGACCAUCCGCAGUACUCUACCAAAACGGAUCUUGACGUGAUACAGAUAAGCUGUCGCUGAAGAAACCAAAUUUAAUUAUGAUCUCAAGCCGGAUGGAAGAAGUUGUUUUUUAAAUGGGUCGACUUAGAAAAAGGAACUCCGUCAUUCCAUCUAGAUACAAUUUAGUGCAUUUUACUCCUCAUUCUCAUCCUGACACACAUACAGAGGUAGUCUUUUAGAGUGUGUGUGUGUGUGUGUGUGUGUGUGUGUGUGCGUGUGUGUGAGGGUGGGUCGAGACUGGUCAGCAGGUGCAACGAUCCACGGAUGAGAGCAAUAGUCCCGACUCUCCGCUGCUGUCACUGUCGUAUCCUCGUCCGUGUAAAUGAGACGCUUUUCUUAGUGGCUUAGCUCGUGUGAACCUUCUGUAUCGUCUGUAAAAAAAAAAACAAAUAAAUAAAUAAAUAAAAUACAGCAUCGGCGUGUAAAAUGCUACAGGAAGCGAGGCCUUCAUGCAGCCUUUCUCUGCGGUGCAGCUCUCAGAACAGGAGGGAGGGAUUUUUGGUUUCGUGUAUCAUACGAGCGGGCGAUUCUGUUCAUGGAAAAAUGGGUUAAAGAUGACGACUGUGAAGCUUCUUGAAUAAGGUGCUAAAGCAGCUCGCUUAGUUCUGGCUUUUCUACUGUAGGUGACUGAAUCCUGGUAGUUUUGUAAUAUUGUUAUUGAGAUUAUCUAUUGCAAAGAGGUGUAUAGCUAAAUAAGUUAUUGAUGUUCAGAGUUUUUCCAAUGAGAAUCCGUCAUUGUUCCUUUAUUUGAUGUAUAGCUAUUAAAGCGAGGAAGACGCUGAAUCUGAAUUUUUUUUUUUUUUUGUCGCUUUAAAAAUGUAGUUUGGAGUUUGUUCUUGAACUGACGAGGCUUUUCGGUUCGCUUUACGUCCUACAAAAGCAACAGGAAAGGUGACGAUGUGUUGAGACAUCGAAUUUGGGCAACAAGCGGUUAGAAGUUUCUUAAAAAUGUUUCCUGGCAGCACUGAGUGAACUCAUGCGAUUACUCUGAGGGAACUGUUGCCCAAAAACGUUGCAUCUCAGCCCAGACACAUACAGCACAUGUCUAGCAUACACACUAGGUGCUCUCCUGUGUUUGAGCUUCAUGGGUGUGCCUUCUUCUCCCCCUUUUCAAUCCUCCCAAACGAUUUAUGAAGCUUUGCUACAAACUAGAUUCAUUGCUUCAGCAGAGUAACCUGCAACAUCUGUGAUGCCUGACUUCACCUGCUGCUACAUAUUUUUUCUAUCGUAAAAAGGGCAAAACUAGACAGUAAUCAUGUUUGCUAUGGAUAUAAUAACCACACAGUAUUUAAGGAAAUAUUACAGUCAGGUACGGUGAGGUGUCGUUUCUUAAUUUUCUGUGAUUUUCUUUUGAUUGUGGAAUCAUCUGGGAUCAAUAUGACAUGGUUGGAGUAAUGGCUGCACUCAGAAAAUUACAGACAUAAUGUCCAGUAUGAUAUGUGCAUGUAUGCUGACACUUGUAAACUAAACCAGGCUGCGUUCAGUAAGCUGCACAGCUGACUUCAAGCUUUGAUUCAUUUAAUUGGCCUGUUUUUCAAGGUGAGCCUUUUGUCCGGCCGUAAUUAUAAAGCUACAGCAUAAAACCAGAGGGGUCACUGAGCAGCGAGAGCUUUCCUUUGAGACAGUGCAGCCAUUAUCACGGCAUUACACAACCUCAGAUUCCAGGACAAAUAAACAAAACAGCUUUAGUUCAAAUAAAAAACGGUUCAUUAAAGGGAUUUUCCAUAUGUCCAGCAUGAGAUGACACACACUUCUGUUACUUUUCAACACUCUCGUAACAUUUUCUGUGUGAAUUUGUGAAGCUAGAUCAGUUUGUUUUUGAUUGAAAAAUAACAUAAAUGUGUGUUUCUGACCUGAACACAUGGAGGUGCUGAAACUCAACAGUGUGUGAUUGUAACAUUUAUUGUUUCUAAACCAGCCAAAUACGCUUUAAUGAUGUUAAAACAGACCCGGGGAUGAUUUGACGUGAAAUCAUACUUUUAUGAAUUAUUGACACACAGUCGCUGGGCGAUACUGGGUGUCUUCAAAUGUACAUACAUACUGUAUGUGUGUGUGAGUGUGUGUGUUACCUGCAUUAUAACCUCAUUUUAACUCCAAAGUGAUUAUUUUUGCCCCGUUUGAUCUGAGGUGGAAUGUCAUCACUCGAUAUUAUUUACAGUGAUACUCGAAUAUGUCUAUUUUAUGGAUAUGAAAUGAACAUUGUUAUUACUUUGAUUUUAACACGGUAUGAUUACUAUGAUUGUUAUAAUUAUAUGUCUAUCAUUACCAUAUUACUGCUAUUAUUAUUGAUUCUUUGAAGUGUAAUAUGAGCCUCUGUGUUUUCUGUAUGUGUGAAUAUUCAAUAAAUAGGUGUCAACAA